GUCGCUCACACUUUCUAGACUCUUAUCCGGACUUUACUGAACAAUGCGUACAUUACUCAUGUUAAAAGUAAAGUCAAGGAAGUAAAGUGGAACAGGCGUUAGCUGGCUAGCUGUCGUGGAGAGUUGAACUGUGGAGGUGACAUUGAAACGUUGCUAAGCAUGGGUAAACUACAGAGAAACUAAGCCAAACGUGUAAACGGAGCCUUGUCAGACGGAGAGACAAAAAACGAACAAGGAGAAGUAGAAGAAGAGAAGAAGGAGAGGUGGUGUAUAGGGUUCCGUGGUUGACGGUUGAAGGACUGGACAGUCAGCAGAGAGCAUGCCUACCGACCGUGAGCCAGGGGCUACAGCCAAGCUGCUACAGCUCCUUCUGCUCUCCACUUAUUGGGGAAUGCAGAUUUGGGUCACCUUCAUCUCAAGCUUUGUGAUGAACAACCACCUGAACAGACAUACCUACGGGUUCAUCCAGUCUCGCCUGGUUCCCUUCUACCUCCAUCUGGGCUCUGCCUGUGCCUUCUUCAACCUCACUAUCUACGCAGUCUACCAUCCCAGUGACAUGUUGGACGAGAGGGAAGCCUUUCAGAUCUUCAUCUUCUUCGUGUGCGUAACCGUAGCAGCUGUGAAUGCGCAGUGGUUCGGACAGAUGACGUCCGAGAUCAUGGCCGACAUGCACCUCAUCGAGCAGGCUUGCGGAUUGGGCCAGGAUAUCGGGCUUUCGUCCAAUAGGGAGGCGUACGCCAAGCUGUGUGAGACGGAUGUGAAGUACAACCAUCUUAGCGGUCGUCUGUGGUUGUACAGGUUCCUGUCCUCCCUCUGCAACAUCUGCUGCAUAGUCUGCAACGCUUACAGCAUUUUCCACAUGGCUGAAAACCUUAUCACUCUAUAACACAAAGGCACACUCGCACUCAUAAAUUGUCACCCCCCCCCCCCAACCCUCUGUGGUCAGAAACUCCAGCAGUUGGCCAGCAGUUCACACAGGAAAAAGGGUUGUGUUUAUGUCAAAGCUUUGUUAAUUGAGUUAGAAGGUUGUUGAUGCUUGCUCAUAUGAUACGACUACUUCCUCUACUAGUUUGGAAAUGCAUGUCUUCUUUUUCUCAUCGAUGGCUGUGGCGCUUUUAAAGUGAAACCAAAGGUUUCUGUUGAGUUUCUGUAGCCCGCGUGUAGCACCACCUCUGGCCCCUUCAGUGUACACAGAUACGAGUGCGUCUAGGGGUUCCGGUGGAGAACAGACAACCACAAUUAACUGUAGUUCCUCUCGUGCCUCACCUUUCACCUGGACUCCAGUUGCCUGCUCUCCUGCCCUUCACAUGCACUCGAGAGCUUUGAUGUGGGUCACUGUGUGUAAAGGUUGUUUGUGCGCACGUGUGAAAGUAUGCAAGGAGGUGAUAUUGUGGGUUGAGCACACAGGGUGAUUGCUGGUGCUCUCUACUUGAGCAGUCACAGUGAAUUCUCUUUUAUAACGCGUAGCAAUGCAGUUUAUUUUUAUGAGUGUCUGUCCCCUGGGCUUGUUUGGCCAGUUUGAAUAGGCACAUGGGUUCUCCUAUCCCGUGUUUCCUGUAAGGCCGGUUUACAGUGUAGCGUUUGGGACCAGGUAGGGGGGCCAGUGUCGGGAGGUGUGUCGUAUUCAGAGGUUUCUGCUACCGUGGAACACCGGUGUUGCAGUUCCGGGAACUCCCGAUCGGGACGUAAACAUCUCCCCCAUCCCCUUUUUAGUUCUCCUCUUUGUAUAUGUUCAUUAACAGGAAUGUUCCUCGCCAAUAGAAAUGGUCAAGGUUCCUGCCGCUAGCGAGCCUAGUGACCUUGUUGCAACCUGUUCUUACCUCCUGUGUUUCUGGCCGCAGUUGUGUUGCUAAGCCACUCCUUCAGCUUCUUCCUGUAGUUGAACACCCCUCCCUCCUCCCCCUGACACAACGGUGGGCGCUUCCAUUUAUGAGCGUGUGGUAUGUGUGGAUUGUGUUAACAUCACAAUGCAAUCACGAAACUCGAAUAGUACCCUGGUCACUUGAUGAUUUCUAAUACUAUUCUGUCACGAGUUAUUUAUUUAUCUCUUUGAAGAGAUUAGCUUUUGAUCUUCACCGUAUGCAGCCUGUUUUGGUUCAGUCACGGAGAUCGAGAUUCUUGAAAAUGCAACAGAUCAAUGUAAUGGUACCUUGGUUCAGAUCAGUCAGCUCACAAUAUGUGCCAGUCUUCUGUCAUGUCUGCUAAUGACAUUUCAUAUCGAUGAGUGAAAUGAAUGACUAGCUCUUGAUAGUUUUAUAUUUGCCUAUGAAAUAAUAAUUCAUUUACAGUUUAUGGUAUUUAAGUAUUUGUUAUGUCUUUUGUGUGUCUUGUAAUUGUAUACCAUGUGAUUUAUUAAGGGCUUACUGUUUUAAACAAGUGAUGUAUUCUGUAGAAUGUUAAUCAGAUGGAUCUCAGUGUAACAGUACAGUUUGUAUGUGAGCUAAUGAACUUUGUUAUUACGUGUCUAAUGUGGGCGUGGGUUUGUAAUGAUCUUGUGAGACUUGGGUUGCUUUUUGUAUUUUGUAUCAAAUAAAUGAUUGAAUGGA